AUGGCGUCCAAGUACGGGUAUGAGUCCACCGCUGUGGUCAAAACAGAACCCGACGAUAUGUCUUUGAAAUCUGAUAAACAGACUUUGCUAGCUGUUCUGCAGUUUCUAAAGAAACAUAACUUGAAGGGGACAGAAUCACUAUUAAAACAGGAGGCUAGGAUCUCAGAUGAUGACCUGAGGACAAAUGAGGAUAAGAAAACUGAAGUGACCCAAGCCUUAGCUGCCGUCUAUAAGAGUGAUGAUGACCCCAGUCUGUACGAAGACCUGUAUGGAGAUUUGAAGAAGUUCAUCGAUUCCUGUCUUGAUGUUCAUAAGGUGGAGCUGUCAACGAUUCUCUACCCUGUGUUUGUCCACAUGUAUCUGGAGCUGGUCUACAAUGGCCAUGAAUGGAAUGCUGCUGAGUUUUACUCCAAAUUCUGGCAGGAUCAGGAAGAGCAUCAUCAUGAUGACCUGGCCAGGCUGUCCAGCGUUCGUAAGAAGGAACAUAUGCCAGGCAACCAGCUGCUGGAGAAUUUCAAAACCAGCAAAUUCGUCUUGCGAAUGUCCCGUGACUCGUACACACAUCUCAAAAGGCAUUUACAGGAAAAGAGGUUGUCCCCUUUGCUGACAAUAAUUCAGGAUCAUCUCUUCAUUGAUGUAUUUGAUGGGGUUCCCCGCACCCAGCAGCAGAUCCAGGCCACAAGUGGAGGACUUCUAGGAGAAGUGGACAAAGAUGCUAACAAAGCCAAAGUUUUUUAUGGCUUGCUCAAAGAACCAGACUUGAACAUUUUACUGGAUGAGGAUGAUGAUGCUGGUGAAGGAGAUGAGAAGCCAAAGAAGAAGAAAUCCAAAAAAGAUCCCUUGUUGAUGAAGAAGUCAAAAAAUGAUCCCAACGCACCACCAGUCAACAGAAUCCCACUGCCAGAGCUGAAAGAUCAAGAUCUUCGGGAGAGAGCUAUGGCAUUUCGGGAAGCCAAACGGAGAGUCAAACUGGAUCACAACCACCUACCAUCUGUCUGUUUCUACACAUUCCUCAAUGCCUACCAGGGUGUCACAUGUGUGGACAUAUCUGAAGACUCUAGUCUGCUGGCGGCCGGUUUCACUGACGGAAACAUCCGUGUUUGGUCUCUGACUCCAAACAAAUUGAAAGAUAUGAAAGACCCAGAUGACCUCGACUUGAUUGACAAAGAAGCAGAUGAUGUAAUGGAGAGGAUCUUUGACGAUAAGACAGCCUGUGAUAACAAGCUGUUGGUUGGUCAUGGCGGGACCGUCUAUGCCACCAGUAUCAGCCCUGAUCGGGCCUACCUGCUCUCCUGUUCUGAUGAUGGUACAAUUCGACUGUGGAGUUUAUAUAUCUGGACAAACUUGGUUUGUUACAAGGGACACAACUUUCCUGUUUGGGAUGUCGAUUUCAGUCCUCACGGCUACUACUUUGUCUCGGCUGGACAUGACCGGACGGCCAGAGUGUGGGCCACUGACCACCAUCAGCCAGUGAGGAUAUUUGCUGGCCAUCUGGCAGAUGUGGAUUGCUGUAAAUUCCACCCAAACUCAAACUACGUGGCAACAGGCUCCAGUGACAAGAGUGUCCGUCUCUGGGACAUGCUGAACGGUAGCUGUGUGCGAAUUAUGACUGGGCAUAAGAAUACUAUUCAUUGCUUGGAGUUUAGUCCUGAUGGUAGAUACCUGGCCAGUGGAGGUGCCGAUAACCUGGCUGUCAUCUGGGACCUGUCGUCGGGGGCUGUGGUGGCCCAGCUAAAGGGUCACACCAACAUCGUCUACUCUCUGUGUUUUAGCAGGGACGGUACUAUAUUGGCUACUGGAGGCCUGGAUGACAGCAUACGCCUGUGGGAUGUGCAGAAGAUAAUGGCCGAACAGGACACAGAGGUUGACACUACCAUCCCCAGUAACAUUACUGUCAACGACAGUCCCAGCCUACUUCUGGGAACCUACUACACAAAGAGCACCACCGUGUUGGGCCUGCACUUCACCAGAUGCAAUCUUCUCAUUGGCUGUGGGCCAUACUUAGCUCCUUCCUAG